AUGCAACCGCUAAAAGUUUUCCUGCGCUCCUCGAAGGCCAAGGCUCCAACCAGAGGGUCUGCACUGGCUGCGGGCUACGAUCUGUAUGCCAGCGAGAAAGCUGUGAUUCCAGGCCAUGGCCAAGGACUCGUGGCCACUGAUUUGAGCAUCAUUGUGCCAGAAGGCACUUAUGGUCGUGUGGCACCACGUUCUGGACUUGCUGUGAAGCACGGGAUUUCCACUGGUGCCGGUGUUGUUGACGCAGACUACCGUGGAGAGGUGAAGGUGGUUCUCUUCAACCACUCUAGCAAAGACUUUGAAGUUAAUGAAGGUGACAGAAUCGCACAAUUGGUGUUGGAGAAAAUUGUCCAGGCAGAGGUGAGCGAGCUUACUGCCGAGCAAUGGGAAGCAGAGACCACCGACAGAGGAGAAGGUGGAUUUGGAUCUACUGGAGGAUUCGGAAAGAAAUAA